GCGCCGCGGAGCCGCCAAAGUGUCUAGACUGGCAUAUGAUGGGAGGCAGCCAAUGACUCCGCGGCGCUCCUCCGGGGGCCCUCAGUGUGCGUUUGAGGAGAACAAAAAAGAGAGAGCCGAGCGGGGGAGCGAGCGAGGGAGACGAGCCGAGAGAAAGAGCCGCCGGGCGCUGCCUCGCCAGACCUCGCCGGGACCACGGGGCCACCGGGAGGCACUUUUUGUGGAGGGGGGAGGGGGGCGACCUCUGCAGCCGCAGCGUCCGGGGCGUCCGAGCGCAGCGUGGGGCGGGCUACGACCUCUGCCUCGGUGGAUUGCAUUUUUAAUUAAGGAUUCCCAGCAGCUCUUUGGGAUUUUUACAGUUUCCACUCAUGUGUUGACACCCGCGUUCUGGAGAAAUUCGCUCCAAGUGCAUCUAGCGCCUGGGACCUGAGACGGAGUUGGCUUUUCGUGCAUGCAAUUCCAGGGAUUUUGGUUUUGUUUCGGGUUUCUUUUUCUUUCCUUUUUUUUUUUCUUUUUUUCUUUCUGCAGGGAGUAAGAAGGAAGUCGAGGGUAUCAACAAGCCUGCCUUUCGGAUCCUGCAGGAAAAGCCCAUGUAGUGAAGUGCUUGGGUUUUAAAGGCAGGGCUUCCCAGACACAUUUGGGGGGUUCGGCGCGAGCGCUUUGUGCUCAUGGACCAGCCGCGUAACUUUUGAAGGCUCUCCGGCCCAUGCGGGGUCUUGCUGGCGGCGCGCAGUCUGCAGUCCCUCUGAAGCGCCGGGGCUGGAGUUGCUGAGCUGCCCGGGCGCCGGGGUCCAUGUAGUCGCGGGCCGAGCGCGGACUGCGGCUCGGCGUGCGCGCGUUCCCCGCCGUCCUGCCCUGGCGAGCUCCCUCAUGUUGCAGCCCUGCGGCGCCCCUUCGACGACAGGCUGUGCGCGGUCUGCACGGCGCCCGGCGGCAGAGCUUCAUGUGGGGCUGCGGCUCGCGCAGCCGGCGCCUCGCUGAGGAAACGGACCCCCGGUAACCGGAGACCGCCUCCCCCCCACCCCCGGCGCCAAAGGAUAUCGUAUGUUCAGGUCCAAACGCUCGGGGCUGGUGCGGCGACUUUGGCGAAGUCGUGUGGUCCCCGACCGGGAGGAAGGCAGCGGCGGCGGCGGCGACGAGGAUGGGAGCGUGGGCAGCCGAGCUGAGCCGGCCCCGCGGGCACGAGAAGGCGGAGGCUGCGGCCGCCCCGAAGUCCGCCCGGUAGCCCUGAGGCGGCCCCGGGACGCGGUGGGACAGCGAGGCGCCCAGGGCGCUGGGAGGCGCCGGCGCGCAGGGGGCCCCCCGAGGCCCAUGUCGGAACCGGGGGCCGGCUCUGGGGGCUCCCCGCUGGACGUGGCGGAGCCGGGAGGCCGGGGCUGGCUGCCCGAAAGUGAUUGCGAGACGGUGACCUGCUGUCUUUUCUCGGAGCGGGACGCCGCCGGCGCGCCCCGGGACGCCGGCGACCCCCUGGCCGGGGCGGCCCUGGAGCCGACGGGCGGCGGGCGGAGUCGUGAAGCCCGCUCGCGGCUGCUGCUGCUCGAGCAGGAGCUCAAGACGGUCACGUACUCGCUGCUGAAGCGGCUCAAGGAGCGCUCGCUGGACACGCUGCUGGAGGCGGUGGAGUCCCGCGGCGGCGUGCCGGGCGGCUGCGUGCUGGUGCCGCGCGCCGACCUCCGCCUGGGCGGCCAGCCCGCGCCGCCGCAGCUGCUGCUCGGCCGCCUCUUCCGCUGGCCCGACCUGCAGCACGCCGUGGAGCUCAAGCCCCUGUGCGGCUGCCACAGUUUCGCCGCCGCCGCCGACGGCCCCACCGUGUGCUGCAACCCCUACCACUUCAGCCGGCUCUGCGGGCCAGAAUCACCACCACCCCCCUACUCUCGGCUGUCUCCUCGCGACGAGUACAAGCCACUGGAUCUAUCUGAUUCCACAUUGUCUUACACUGAAACGGAGGCCACCAACUCCCUCAUCACGGCUCCGGGUGAAUUCUCAGACGCCAGCAUGUCUCCGGAUGCCACCAAGCCGAGCCACUGGUGCAGCGUGGCCUACUGGGAGCACCGGACACGGGUGGGCCGCCUCUACGCGGUGUAUGACCAGGCCGUCAGCAUCUUCUACGACCUACCUCAGGGCAGCGGCUUCUGCCUGGGCCAGCUCAACCUGGAGCAGCGCAGUGAGUCGGUGCGGCGCACGCGCAGCAAGAUCGGCUUCGGCAUCCUGCUCAGCAAGGAGCCGGACGGCGUGUGGGCCUACAACCGCGGCGAGCACCCCAUCUUCGUCAACUCCCCCACGCUGGACGCGCCCGGCGGCCGCGCCCUGGUGGUCCGCAAGGUGCCCCCCGGCUACUCCAUCAAGGUGUUUGACUUCGAGCGCUCCGGCCUGCUCCAGCACGGGCCCGAGCCCGACGCCGCCGACGGCCCCUACGACCCCAACAGCGUCCGCAUCAGCUUCGCCAAGGGCUGGGGUCCCUGCUACUCCCGGCAGUUCAUCACCUCCUGCCCCUGCUGGCUUGAGAUCCUCCUCAACAACCACAGAUAGCGGCCCGCCACCCGCCCCGCCAACGGGGGCCCCGUGCCCAGAGACACAGCCCCCACGGACGACCCCCCCCAGAUAUCAUCUACCUAGAUUUAAUAUAAAGUUUUAUAUAUUAUAUGGAAAUAUAUAUUAUACUUGUAAUUAUGGAGUCAUUUUUACAAUGUAAUUAUUUAUGUAUGGUGCAAUGUGUGUAUAUGGACAAAACAAGAAAGACGCACUUUGGCUUAUAAUACAGAUAUAUUUUCUUUCUUCUCCUCCUUCCUCUUCUUUAUGGUUUUUUUUGUUGUUGUUGUUUGUUUUUUUUUUUAAAGAAAAUGAUACAGCAGAGCUAGGUGGAAGAGCCUGGGUUUGGUGUAUGGUUUUUGAAAUAUUAAUGCCCAGACAAAAAGCUAAUACCAGUCACUCGUUGAUAAUAAAGUAUUCGCAUUAUAGUUUU